UGUGUAUGAUGGCGACCCCUCAUCUCUACCGUGGCUAUAUAUAGGCGUGUCAGUUGGAGUACUUGUCCUCCUUGUUUUCAUCAGUGUAGUAGCUGUUGUGUGUUACAGAAAGAGAAGAUCAAAGGAAACUCCAAGGGGAAACGAUGAACAGAUUCCUUUAUUAUCCAGAGAGACACCAUUCUACAAAACAUCUACUUUCCAUGAGGCAUGUAAAUUUCUCAAAAACGAUGGGAAAAUUCUAUGUUUCAUAGGAAAAUGGGGUUCGGGGAAAUCGGCAACAGCUAAACAAGUUUAUAAGUCCUUUACUGGAAGGGAACCGGUUGUUAUAGAGGACAUAUUGAAUUUUGAUGUAAGUACUUGUCAGGACUCUGUCAUCGUAGAGGAACCGUUACCAAAUGAUGACAUUCCUGACGUGGAAAGAAGUGAGAUUCUUAUAAAGUUAAUCUCCUUGUGCAAACAGACACAGAGAACAAAUGAAAUAAAAACAUUUCUGAUUAUAACUUCAACUGACGAGGCUUGGGAAAAUAUUGCAAAGAAAAUGAACAAUUGUUCAUUUACAAAAAAUGAAUUACACUCUUUUGGUUUGAAUUGGAAGGAUAUGUCAAAGGGAGAACGGAUUCAGAUCCUUCACACUAUUUUCGAAACUUACAAACGAGAUACACCUUUCUCUACCGUUGAAAAGGUUGUCUCGGGAUUUAUAGAUCAGUAUGUUGGAUUCCCAGAGAUAUGCACACUAUUUUUUAAAUGUAGCGAAUUUCAGAAACAUGGUGCUGUAUUCUUUGGUCGACCGCUACGUUAUUUAGCCUCACAUUUAGAAAAAAUGUGUCUUGAUUCAAACAAGAAAGAACAAUUUCUGUUACUGGUGUAUAUGAGCUUUAAUGACAUGAAAAUAGAUAUAAGCAAAUCGGAUCAAAGGCUGAGAAAAAUAUAUGAAUCAUGUGGUCUCAAUAAUAUUGAUUUCAAGUCGCUUUUACCUCCAGAAGAAUUCGUAUUGAAAGAAAACUCAUCAGUCUAUGUGUUACAGCAUGAAAUAAUAAAAAGAAUGUCACUCAUAACUUUUGGUAAGUUUUAUUUCUCGGAAAUGCUGAAGUUUUCAUCAAGAAAAGAUCUGCUUGGUUGGAUAAAACACACAAAAAAAACACCCUUUGCAUCAUUAUCGAAAGGUGUUAAGGAAGCGUCAGAAAUGGAACCAGUUCUUGAAAUUAAUGACGAGCCAUGGUUUGAAUAUCUUAAGAAAGUAGAAUCGGUAGCCAAACCAACUAUUGAGAUUAACUGUAAAGAUGAGAUACCCCCCAAAAUACUUACAUCUGAAACAUGCACAUAGGAGUGUCAUUCAAAGGAUACGUAAACUUUUGUUUUAUGCUUAUAUAUAUCUUACACUCGCGAUCGACGCUGAGAUAUUUCGGGAGCUUGCUUUUUUCCGAAAGGUAAUAACUGAAAGCAAUAUCGUCCAAAGGAAGGAAGUCAAGUGAGGUUUCUCAUCUGGAGAAAUUCUGUAAACUUUAUUCUUGAAUUAAGGUGAAUUAUCCCUCUGCUCCAAUUUUCACCAUUGUGUUUUUUUUUUAAUUCCAAACAUUGAUUUUCAUGAUCAAAACUGGCAUUAAAUUCAAAUGGAA